AUGCGUAUAUCCCAAUGAAAACAGCGUACUCAAAAUGAUGUCAAAACCGUCAUUUAACCGUUUUAUGUGUAAAUUCAUUAAUACUAAUCUACGUUGAAAAUAUUUUAAUUUAUCUCUUAAUCAUUAUAUAUAUGUAUAUGUGAUUUCGUAGCAAUUUUUUACUCUAAAUUAUAGUUAAUACACCUUGUAAAAAAACAAAGGAUGAACAAACGUUAUCACAGUUAAAUAACGGUAAUAUACAAGAAAGCAAUAGUAGCCCAUUAUUAGAAUUUGCUUCCGAUACGGAAAUUGCAUCAGAUGCAAAUGAAUCUUUGUACAAAAAUACCGACGAAAAUAAAAGUCCAUCAAUGCUAGACUGUAGACGAUAUUUAAGGAAGAGAUCUCGACUUGCAUUUCAUUCAGUCAAGAAUAAUGCAAAUGCAACUGUUGCUAAAAAUAGUGAUACAACACUAGUCAACAACACUACUGAAACCGAUGAAGAUGAAGUGAUAGAAGCCAGUCCUAUGCAAAGAAGUGUUGCAUCUAAAGUCAAACAGUGUUUGAAAUUGAAGAGGAAAAUUCCUGUAAAACGUUUAGAUUUUUCAUUAUAUCCUUCGCCUAAACAUAUUUCUACGCAAAUGGAAAAUGUUAAUACAUUAAAAGAUAAAGUUAACAUAAGUUAUCUUUCACCAAUAAAAGUGCAUAAGAAGACCGAUAUUCAAAUUAAAAAAUUUAUUGAAGUCCAAAAUGAAGAUCAACCAUUAACGAAUAAAAUAAAUAAUUUCAAUUUGGAUGACACAGAAAACAAGCCACAAGAAAAAAAAACGAUAUUGGAAAAGUUUAAUGUAAGGUCAAAAAGAAAGGACGUUUCAAAGCAGCUUAACAUGCGAUGUAAAGCUGAUAGAGCAAAAUUAAAAGGCUCGGAUUGCUGGGAAUGCAGAGAAUAUUAUCAGACUUUGAAAUUGUCUAAAGAAGAAUUGCAAAAGCGGAAGAAUCAAUGCUCGCGACAUCGGGACAGAUUUGAGCGACCAAAGACACCAGAAGGUUUUUGGGAUCCGGAGUUUUCUGAGACAUUUGGCACUUAUUGAUAGCUAAUAAAAG